UCGAGUGCGUGAGCCACAUGUGGUACAUCGAUUUGGAAUUUUAGUCUGAUUUUGAACAUUGAAUUCAACAAGUUGAUUCGAAGUGCCAACAUAAUUGCCGCGAAAAAAUUUAUUCAAAUUAUUUAUAUUUAGAUAUAAAAAUGUGUAAAACGGUUUUAUUUUUAUUUUUGUGUAUUUUAUAUGCGUUUUCAAAUAAUGAUUGUUUUUGUCAAAGAACCGGGUCAAACCGAAUCAAUCGAAUGCGUGGCAGCAUUAUCACAAAUUUGACCCGUACACAUGCAUACGACGAUGAUAUUGUGACCAGCCACUUGGAUGCUUCCGUUCGAAUUCGACAAUUUUAUCGAAUGAUUAGAGAUGUUUACAAUAAUUUAUUAGGUGGAACUGGUCAGCGACAAACUGGAAAAUUUCUUCAGAAACGCGUACCAAAUCAUUUUCCAUUCCCAUGUAAAACACGUGGUUUUCGAAGCAAAACCGUACCAGAAAGUGUUCAUCAAUUAAGACCAGGUGAUAUUGAUAUUGUGGCCGCUGUUGGUGAUUCAUUAACGAGUGCAACUGCAGCAAAUUCGGCUGCAUUGUGGGAAGUUCUUAUUGAAAAUCGUGGUUUAUCAUGGUGUAUUGGAGGUCAAGGCACAUUCCGUACGCAUCUCACUUUGCCCAACAUUUUAAAGGAGUUCAAUCCACGGAUAUUCGGGUACUCAUUGCAAGAUUCAUAUAAUGUGCAUCGUUCGGCUCAAUUCAAUGUGGCUGAGAAUAUAGCAACAACAAGUGAUAUGCCAUAUAAUGCAGAAAAGCUGUUGCAUCGCAUGAAACUGGAUCGACGUGUAAAUAUGGCCGCACAUUGGAAACUACUAACAUUCAUGAUUGGCGGUAAUGAUUUUUGUUCGGAUGUCUGCUAUCAAACGAAUGCAACCCAAUGGAUAAAUCAAAGCCAAGAGAAAUACUUAAUAAAAACAUUACGUUUUAUUCGUGACAAUAUGCCAAGAACGUUUGUGAAUUUGGUGCCCUCGCCGUUGGUUUCAUUAUCGUUCUCAAUGGAUCGCGUUCAAGUACCAUGGUCGUGUCAUUUGUCUCGACCGAUCGAAUGUUCAUGUUUAUUUGGGCCGGCGUAUUCAAAAGCGCGUAAUUUUUAUCGCCGAUUGGAACGAAAUUUUGUGAAAAUUAUGGAACGAGUCAGCUACCGUGACGAAUUUCAUACGAAAGACUUUACGGUUGUGUAUCAACCGUUCUUCAAAGAUGCUUCGGUAUUCUUAGAUCAUGACAAAAAGCCCGACAUGACAAUUAUGUCAGUUGAUUGUAUUCAUUUGAGUCAAAAUGGUCACGCUGUUGCUGCCAAUGGAUUGUGGAACAAUAUGAUGCAACCACAUUUACAAAAAACCACCGGGUUGAAACAUUUAUUCCAAGAAUUUCGGUGCCCAAGUGAACAACAGCCAUAUCUGUACACAUAUUUUAAUAGUCCAUCAUAUUCUUUAAGAUAAAAUUCAAAUUGUUAUAUGCUUUUUUGGUAUUUUAAAUCAAUUUUAUUUUCGUCUUUCA